GUUCUUCCCAUGCGCCGUCAAGCUGAUAACUUCGUAACCUGUUUCUGGGAAUUUGUACACCCUCUCUUCCCGGUCCUUCAUCGCCCUACCUUUCAACGGAAAUACGAACAGCUAUGGACAGACAAUGGCCCAGAAGCACAUUCCGAGGAGACUUCCGAAGCGGAAGAAGCUGCAUUCAACUCAACGCUCAAUCUUGUCUUCGCGGUUGGCUGCAAGUUCAGCAGUCACCUUGAUCCUGGGCAGAAAUCGUCGGUCUCGGACAAUUUCUAUCAACGAUCGAGACAGGCCUACCCGUUCGAUAUACUCGACUCUACCAGCAUAUCGCUAGUGCAAAUGCUCUUACUUAUGGCUGUAUAUCUCCAAUCGACGGAGUAUGCGAGCCGAUGUUGGAAUUCGGCCGGUCUCGCCAUCCGCAUGGCGCAGUCUUUGGGACUACAUGUUGACCAAAUUGGCCGAAAAGGCAAUACGCAGCUCGAGGUUCAAAUGCGUCGUCGGAUCUGGCAUACAUGCAUCCACUUGGACCGA